GGAAAAAUCUUAGAGGGAACACUGCUAGGGAUGAGAAUGUGUAUCCGAGUACACGGUUCACGGAUGAGCCUGGGGUAGGGUCUUAUCAAAUUCAGUCCAUUUGGGUCAAUUUCACAGUCAUAGGAUUUUAAAAAUUGCAAAUUUCAUGAUGUAAAUGUAGCAGUCCUGACCUAAAAUGGGAACUUCUGUGCUGUUGUUUCAGCCCUACUGCAUUCAGAGCUGGGCAGCUGGAGAGCAGCAGUUGCUGAGAGCCUGGCUAUGAAAGCAGCACCACCACUAGCAGCAGUAAGGAGGUUAUGGUAUGAUAUUGCCACCCUAGCAAGUUUCAUAGGGAGAACAGUGUUUCUCAAACCGAGUACAUUGACCCAAAUGGGAAUUGUGGGGGUUGUGAUGGUUACAAGGUUACCCUUGGGGGAUCAUGAUACUGACAGCCUUCCUUCUGUUCUAUCUUCAGUGUGGGAUGGUCAGAAGGCACACAGAAGUAAGGGUGCUUUCCUGCCCUAACCCCAGUUUGAGAAACACUGAUCUUCCGAUGAAAUCUACAGAGUGAAAGCUGUGUGUCAACACAGCCUUGUCACUAAACGCUGACUGAUGUGGACAUACCCAGUUUUAAAAUGAGAAUAGGAGAUCUUUGUAAAACAAAUGCUACAGCUCAAAAUGGAAGGUAUGCUCUGGAUGCAGAGAUUUUUAGGGCUUCAAGGUCUUAGGGGGCAUUUCCCAGAGGCCUCCCCCCUCCAUGCUAAAAAAUUCCAGGGGCGCUGGACAUAUUUACAAGUGCUGCACUUUGGGACAGCUCCAGAGGAAUGUGAGCCCCGCGGAAAUGUCUGGUGACCUUCUGUGGCUUGUGUUAUGCAGAAGGAUGGAGCAGCCCAUCAUGACCGUGCUUGUAAACUCUCUGGAACGCGUGUAAUGGUCACUCCGACUUACCGCCUGCUGCAGGUGCGCGCACACGUGUAGCGCCCCGCGGGUUUGCCUUCGGCUCGGAGGAGGGGAGGAGAGAACAAGCCAAGAACAUUUUACCCGGAUUGGUUCCAGCGCCAUGCGGAUGCAGCGCCCUCCUCGUCGCUCGCCCGGCGCCUCAGGGCAGAGAAAGGGCGCAUCAGCACUUCAGAGCGGCGGCCACUGAUUUGUGGAUCGCGCAAGUUCUGCGAAGCAGCGCUUGCCCGCCCGGUGGGAGGAAAGAGAAGGGAAGCUGCAAUGGAGUCAGGCAGCCGCUCCCUGAGCGGGCUUGGUGUGAACUGAGCAUGCUCCGUAAUACUAACCUCUGAGCUCGGCCCCGGCUCUCACCGAGCUGCCUUUCUGGAUCUCCGUGCAGAACGGGGGCAGGCGAGAAGGACGUCGGCGUCUGGAGACGUUCCCUUGGGCUGCGGUGUCCAGGACUCCCCGCCAUGGGCAGCGAGGAGGCAGAGACCCAGGAGACUUUGCAAAUCCUCGGUGGGGAAAAUGGCAGACCAGAAGUUCCCGCUGAAGAGUCAAGCAGGCUUACCAGAGAUCAGCUCUUCACAAUGGCAGCAACAGCUUGUUUGAACUUCAGUUCAAUGAUUUGCUAUUCAAUCCUGGGACCCUUUUUUCCAAGAGAGGCAGAGAAAAAGGGUGCCAGUGAUACAGUUGUUGGACUGAUUUUUGGAUGCUUUGCUUUAUUCAAUUUCUUGACUUCUUUAAUAUUAGGCAAUUAUCUUGUACAAAUUGGAGCCAAAUUCAUGUUUGUGGCUGGGAUGUUUGCCUCAGGAUGUGUUACAAUCCUGUUUGGUAUGUUGGACAAAGCACCCGAUGGACCCAUAUUCAUUGGUUUGUGUUUUCUGGUUAGAGCGAUGGAUGCCAUAAGCUUUGCUGCAGCAGCGACAGCAUCAUUUUCUAUUCUUGCAAAGGCUUUUCCCAAUAAUAUAGCUACAGUAAUGGGCAGUCUUGAAAUUUUUACAGGACUUGGACUGGUGCUGGGUCCACCAAUAGGUGGCUUUUUGUAUCAGUCCUUUGGCUAUGAAGUCCCUUUCAUAGUGCUUGGAUGCUUGGUGCUGCUCCUGGUGCCUCUGAACAUGUACCUCUUACCAAAAUACGAUGCAGUUGCUACCAAAGAUUCAUUCUGGACACUUAUUACUCUGCCAAAAGUAGUACUUCUCUGUUUCACUAUAGUUUCACUAAGUGCAUGUUUAGGCUUUCUGGAUCCCACUAUGUCACUGUUCGUUUCCGAGAAGUUCAAAUUACCAGCUGGUUAUGUGGGGUUAGUAUUCCUAGGUUUGGCCCUCUCCUACUCACUGUCAUCACCAUUACUUGGAUUUCUAAGUGAUAAAAUACCACACCUAAGGAAAUGGUUUUUGGUCUUUGGAGGCUUACUGACAGCACUGUCCUUUUUCCUGUUAGGACCUGCUCCCAUCUUGCACAUUGAAAGCAAACUCUGGAUAUUUGUCCUAAUGCUGGUUUUGGUUGGCUUUUCCCUUGGGAUGUCUGGUAUCCCUCUGUUCCCUGAGAUACUGAAUUGUGCUUAUGAGAAUGGAUUUGAGGAAGGGUUAAGUGUAUUGGGACUGGUGUCUGGGCUCUUCAGUGCAAUGUGGUCACUUGGAGCUUUUGUAGGACCAACAUUAGGUGGAUUCCUAAAUGAGAAGCUGGGGUUUGAAUGGGCUGCAGCCAUACAAGGAGGAUGGUCAUUACUAACGGGACUAGCGAUUGGAAUAUUCUAUAUCAUAGAGACUUCACAAAGAAGAAGAUCCAAUUUGCAGAGAGCUCUGGGCACAAAUGAAGAAAGAGCUCCCCUGAUGGCUAGUGAGACGUAGCCUGGAAUACAUGUGGACCAACAUUCAGGGUUUUUUAAAAUAAAUUAACUUAGUAAUGAGAAGAGUGGACUUAACACCCAAACACAGUGUUGCAUAAUCCUGGAGCUGGGGUAGCCACUUCCCAUAAUACAUUGUAGUUUAUUUCUAAUUGCAACAUUUGUGCACUGAUACUCUGUUUAAAUACAGAAUGCCUUUCUUUUGGAUGGUCCUGCUGUGGAUUGGUUGAACUGGUAAAUCUCAUGGAGCCUGCUUAUCUGUGUUCACUGUAUAGUGCACUGAAGAGAGAGAUGGCAUAAUGUGAAAGAUUUGUUUCAGAAUAUUCUGAUUUUGCACUUGAAUCUACUGGGUAUUAUCCCGGACAGUCUGUGUCUAACAUCUUUUAUCAUAGUAUAUAUUUUUCUUUUUCAAAGGAAGAUAAUGGUCAAAUACCAUAAUUGAUAAUGUUAGAUGUUCAAAGGGAAUUUGAAAUAGAGAAGUGGUGAGCAUAAUGUUCUGUUAAAUAAAACCAGGUAACUUCUUAUUUCAAAGGUGUGUGAAUUUCUUUGGUGAAAUGAGAUUACAAGUGAGAGUGGAGAGGAAGUCAGCAAUUUCCCAUGUCCUCCUAAUGACAUAGAAGUAGGAAAGAAAGGCUAAUGUGGGGGAAUGGGAGAGCUGAAUUAAUAUGCUGGGCCAUAUUCACUAAGUACAGAAUUAGACUUGUUUAUACUAGGACUGAAUUUGGCCUGCAGUGGAAACAGAAUUGGGUGGAAUUUGAAUCUGUAUUACUACUGACUAUGCAUUAGACACAGUGGUGUCAGCUAACAUAGAAGUAUCCCAGUCUGGGCAGACUGACAGAGAGGUUCAGGUGUACAUUUUGUAUUCUCUUUAUCUACCUUGCAGGGUUAGUGUAUUUGUGCCCUUGCUAAACGUAUUGUAAAUACAGAAGGGUUCUUAAUGUGAGUGUUGUAACUGUCUCCAGCAGGGUUCCCAACUAAACAGUAAUUUUAAUACUGGGCCUGAUCUUGGGACAAUACCUUGUCAAACCUUGGAGUGAUAACUGGGAAUUCUUAAGUAAUCCAUAUAGUUAAUAUACAAUUCAUAGAUCAUGCUACAAGUACAAGUUGGGCCACUUAUUUCUGCAACAACAGCAGAGUUUUCUUUCAGUCUAUAAAAAGGACAUGUAAGAGUCACAUCGUAAAAAGCUCUGAGCAUCUUACCAGCCCUUUGAAGCUUAUAAUCAGGAACAUCCAGUCAGCCUCAACCUUUAAGAGCAGCAAGCAGCACUCUCAUAAAUCUUGCCUAUAUGAUAGCCUUCCCUAAAGUUCUGGGGAGAUCAGAGAGGUUUGGAAGUCGGAGUGAAGGAAGUGAGUGCCAAACUCCAGGUGCUUUCAUGGUGAUCAAUCUGCCACCAGCAUUUUUGCUGUGUAUCAGGAGGAUUUUAAGCACCUCCAUUGACCACAACUGUGGCACUAUUGAACUGGGAAUGGGUUUAAAUGAAGGCUUUUCUUUCGGGGAAAAAACUGAGGGGAGGUGACGGGAGGGAAUGAGUUUGGAAUAUGUAGAUCCCUGUGCAUAUACAAAAUUUGUAUCCGCAUCUGAUCCACAAAGAUUGUCCAUAGAUUUGCAGGGCUCAAGGUAUAGGCCCACUUUACCUUUAUAAUGCUCUGAUAACACAGCCCUGCAUUCCUUUCACAUCCAGACUUAUUCUGACAAGUGUAACCAUGAUUUGUUUCCUUGAUAGAAGCAGAAGCUUGGAAUUUGUGAUUAACUUUAAGCAUUAAUAUAAUUAGUUAAAUACAGUAUGUACAUUAUAUUUCUGAGCACUCUGACUAGAAUACUUUUGAAGCUUUAUCUUAAUGCUCAGUAAAGGCACUAACAAGUUUGUAUUUUUUUUAAGUUACUGUUUGCUUGCUCUACUCUCUGCAGGUAGGGUGCCACCUCCUGGAGGUUCUGGGGAAUAGUUCACCAGAUCAUCACCCCUUUCUGUCUCUUUGUCUACAGCCACUCUCAUGCCUGAGGAGGUGCUGUAGCCUGUUUGUGAAUCAGGCCUUGUCUACGUUAAUCAUGCUUCUCCCCUGUGCCCCCUCGUCGAUUUAAUGUACAUGACUUCAGCUACAUAUAUAGCAUACAAGUUGAUGUACUUACCUGGGGGGGUCUUCUGUGUGGUAAGAUUACCGGGGGCCAUUCUUCUGUCCACUUCACCUAUUCUUUUCAUCCUGGUGGAGUAGCGAAUCUGACAGGAGAGCACUCAGAGACUGAUUUAUCAUGUCUAAGCAGCUGCAAUAAAUUGACCACCGUAGAUCAAUCACUACAGCAUAGCUUAGACAAGCCCUCAGCCAGAUCACUCAGUGCUUCCUCCCUCCCUCCCCCCCAUGCUUGUGGUCAAUUCCCUGCUCCCUGGAUUUUCCUCCAGUUGCAGCCUAUGGAUUUUAUAGGUUUAGUGCAGAUCUUAAUCCCUUCCGGUCCUGUGUGGGAUGGACACCCUACCAUAGUUAUAGUAAUUUUAUUAGUAGUUUCAGAUUUCUUGCUCUGCAUGAAACUUUAGAACUUUACUUAUUCCAUUUUAGAAAAAAAAAUUUCUGAAACUUCAGAAAUUUCUUUGUUCACAUUUAUAGCUGGAUCUAUGAAGCAGAUUUACAGAAUACAGAGCAGUCUUCUACAUCAUCCAAACAUUCUGCAGGAUGGGGACCUUAGGCUAUAAUAUCAUCAGGACUAAAUCUUAAUCAUAUUAACUUUAUGCAGUGAAGUAGUCUCACUAAUUUUAUCCAAAUUAAUCAGGUGUCUUUAAGAGAAAGGAUGGUCCUAUUAGCUAAGGUGAUAGGCUGGCACUCUAGAGCCGUGUGUGUGCCUGCCAAGUGCUCGGGGCUGGCCUGG